AUGACGUUGCUUAUUACGGCGAAGUCUGUUCUUGAUAAAAAUUCGAUAACAUAUCCCUUUUCUGGGAAUCGCCGCAAAUUGGAUGAAACGGACUUAUUGCAUAUUCCAUUCGUGUUCCGAUCGAUACUUUUAACUAACGGGUGUAUUUUUGUUGUUUCUAGGUUACCACAGCUUGCCGUUUUAGCGAAGAUUUUGUGCCUCCUGAUGGUGGUGAUGUGCGGGGCGGUGCCGGCGAUGGUGCGCUCCGUGAGUCUCUACUCAACUUGCAGCAGCGGCAAUGUUACCGUAAUAGGCCGCUCGAUCAAAGCAGUGGGACGCGACGAUUACAAUGCACCCUACCAGAAACUCACCACACAAUCGGAAGAUUUCAGUAGGAAGCUGUACAUCUUUGCGGAGAAGAGCCAACGAUACAUUUGCUUCAAUAAGCGGUGGAAACUCGUCGGCCUGCCGAAGAAACAGAAGGGACCGAUGUGCCAGUUUUACGAGGUGUACAACGGCUCCUAUCUGAGGUACAGGAGCGCCGUCGACGGGACGCGGUACAUCGGCUUCAACAAGUUCGGCAAGCCAAUGAAGAACCCCCACGGCAGGCAGGAGUGUUUCAACUUCAUCAAGUACAAUCCCCACGCCGACAUAAACCACCACAACAGCCUGGUGAACGCGGAGAUGGGCGGUAUGGAGCCGCGGGAGCCGUACGUCGUCUCGAGGAAACCGUCGCCGGUGAUGAGGGCCACGAAGAACUCCCUGUUGCAGGCCGACAGUGCGAGGGAGCACGUUCACACGUCCACGCAUCGCCAUCGGCACUCGAAUCGCUGGAAGCACCUCUCGCAUCGGCAGGUCGGGGCGGCAGACUCGGGACCCCGGAGACGGCAUGAGAGCUGCCUCCUCGUCGAGGCCAGCAAGUAUUGAGCCGCGUGCGAGCUCGCCGAUCAAGACUGCCUCCUCCUCCGUAU